AUGGCCCCUCCACCACCUGCUUCUAUGCCGUUGGGCCAGCGUCUUGCUGCCCUCGCGCAGACUCUGCAGUUUGCAUGGUUCGCCGGACAUGUCACUCUGCUGCUCGCUACCAUGCGAUACAGCUUGUCCUAUAUUACCUUCAACUACUACUCCCGCUGGGCCUCAUUCUCCUACCGCACCGCCUUCUUGUCGGCAUGCGUCACCUACGGAAUUGUUGUCUACAAGGCAUACCGUGCCCGUGUGAGGGCCGGAAAGCAGAACGGUCUUGUUGCGCUGGCUACGGAUGAGAAUGUUCAGUACUUGUUCAUGGCCCUUGUCUGGCUCUUCUCACGUCAAAUCCCCCUCGCCAUUUUGCCCUUCUCCGUAUACUCUGUCUUCCAUGUCGCUACCUACGUGCGCUCAAACCUUCUACCCACUAUCCAACCCCCGCCUGCGGCCCAGGCCGGCGCCAAGCCCCAGGGCUCUGCCGCUUCCGAGGCUAUUGGCAAGUUUGUCAAGGAAUACUAUGACGGCUCCAUGACGCUAGUUGCCCUUCUCGAGAUCUUCCUCUGGGUCCGUGUUCUCGGCUCUGCCAUGCUCUUCCAGAAGGGCUCGUGGAUCCUGCUUGCAAUCUACACCGUCUUCUUCCGCGCCCGCGUUGCGCAAAGCAGCUUUGUCCAGGAAGCCAUCAACCAGCUCACUGCCCGCAUUGACGCCCAGCUCGCCAACCAGAGCACUCCUCCCGCCGCAAAGCAGGGCUGGGGUACCUUCAAGGGCAUUGUUCGCCAAGCUGCCGAUGCUACCGACAUCCGCAGGUAUGUUGGCGGACAGCCCGGAGCCGCACCCAAGAAGGCGCAGUAA